AUGUGGUGUGAUACUGUAUGGUAUGGCACUGUAUGCUUUGUGACUGUAUGGUAUGGUACUGAAUGGUAUGAUACUGUAUGGUAUGAUUGGUAUGGUAUGAUACUGUAUGGUUUGAUUAUAAUGUGGUGUGAUACUGUAUGGUAUGAGACUGUAAGGAUACUGUGGUGUGAUACUGUAUCGUAUGAUACGGUAUGCUAUGUUACUGUAUGGUUUUAUGUUGGAUUGUGUGAUGCUGUAUCAUACCACAGUAUGACAUUGUAUUGCAUGAUUAUGUAUGUUACUGUAUGGUGUGAUACUGUGUGGUAUGUUACGAAAUGGUAUGGUGCUGAGUGGUAUAAUUCUGUGUGGUAUAAUACCGUAAGGAUACUGUAUGCCAUGUUAGUGUAUGGUAUAGUAGUGUAUGUAUGGUAUGAUGCUGUAUGGCAUUAUAUUGUAUGGUAUGAUACUGAUAUUGUGUGGUAUAAUACUGUAUGGUAUGAUGCUGUGUGGUAUGAGAUUGUAUGGUAUGUUACUGUAUGGUAUGGCACUGUAAGGUAUCUCACUGUAUGGUAUGGUACUGUGUGCACGUUUGUGUGGAUGUUGGUGUGUGGCAUGAUACUGUGUGGCAUGAUACUGUGUGGCAUGAUACUAUGUGGCAUGGUACUGUGA